AUGUCACUUGAAGAAUUCGACUAUCAAACAUUACUUCAAAAGACUGAAAAUGAAGAAUUGGAAGAACUUGCAGUUGUUUAUCAUCAACUAGGAUGUCAUUCAAUUAAUUUAAAUCGAGCUAUUUCUUUUUAUAAAAGAUCAAUAGAAAUUAAUCUUUUUUAUCGACCAAUUGAUUAUGAACUUCUUUCUGCAACCUAUAGUAAUAUUGGUGGACUUCUUAAACAACGUACUGAUUAUGAUGAAGCAUUAAAAUAUUAUCGACGUGCUUUAGAUAUUGAUCUUCGUGAUGCUAAAGUUAAUCAACUUAAAAUUGCUGAUCGUUAUAAUGAUAUUGGUAAUGUAUUAAAAGAUCAAGGUAAUUAUAAAGAAGCAAAUGAAUAUUUUCAUCAUGCAUUAAAUAUUCAAACGAAAAAUAUAUCAUUAAAUGAUCCAAUAUUAAUUAAAACUUAUCAUAAUCUUGGUUCAAUAUAUUGUUUAAUGAAAAAAUAUUCUUUAGCAUUUGAUUAUUAUGAAAAAUCUCUUGAAAUUCUUGAAGCAUAUCUUCCUUUACAACAUUUACUAUUGAUACGUACAUAUAAUAAACUUGGAUUAUUAUAUUAUUUAAUGCAAAAUUAUACAGCUUCUUUUUCAUGUCAAAAAAAAGCUUUAGAAAUACAAGAAAAAAUUCUUUCUUCUCAUCAUCCAUCAUUGGCUACAAGACAUUUUAAUAUGGCUGUAGCAUUAGAAGGUUUAAAAAUAUAUGAAGAAGCUAUAUAUCAUGUUACAAAAGCUAUUGAAAUCUUACAACAAACAUACAGAUCACAUCAACAUAAAAUAGGAAAUUAUCAACGAUAUCUUUCUGAACUUCGUAAAAAAUUAUAA